AUGUUGAAAUAGCAAGAGACAGUCAUUGAUGAUGGUUUGUUAUUUAAUAAUUAUAAAAGCUACUAAUUCUUAAAUAAUUAUGAACUCAUCAAUUAGUAAGUUGAUUCAUUUUUUUCAUCUAAUGUUGUAUCAUCAAUGUCCAAAUAACCUUAUCACUUCACAAAUUUUGGGUGCUAUCUAUUUAGAUUAGAUAGUAUUUAAGUUAAAGAACUGGUUACUAUGCCAAAACUAGGUCAAUUUCUUGCUUAGGUUGGUUCAAUUGUUUAAUUAAUAUUUAUGCUAAAAUAUAUAGCUUUAUAUUAUAACAAUAAGCUUCUCGAGAAUUAAUUACUUCAUGAAAUCAUUACAAUGUAUUAUCCUGAAUUAAAAAACGUAAAACUUACUAUAUUUAAUAAAUUGGAAAUCAAAGAGAGUAUUGAAAAUAAACUCAAAUGCUCGAUUGGGGAUUUUAGGCUUAAAUAUAACUUUUUAUUAGAAAGGGCAAAGGAGAAAUGUCGGUUUAAUAAUAUACUGUAUGAGAUUUCGAGGAUUUAAUUUAUCAUUUAGUAGCGGUUUGGAGAUUCAGUCUUAUAAUAGAGUCAUUCGUUGGGAGGAAAACUGUAAAACAAUUAUAAUGAAUUUUAAAAUUGCAAAGAAACAAACAGAUUAGCAAUAAAACCAGAAAAUUCUAUUGAUUUAGAGAAUAACUAUAAUGUAUUAGAUCCAUUGGAAAUAUUAUCAAAAUAACCCUGA